AUGCACCACACAUUUCUGACUAAUCUCUCGCGUGACCUUUCGAAACUACUUGCUGAUGCUGAUGAUUACAAUAUCAUUAUUUAUGUUGGUGAAGACUCAAGCGCAAAACAAUUUAAAGCCCAUACUAACUUAUUACGCGCUCGUUCACCGUAUUUUCGAACGGCUCUAAGUAGUGACUGGGUGGUCAAAGAGGAUGGAAUAAUCGUGUUCAAGAAACCAAAUAUUUCACCUGUGGUAUUUGAGAUUAUUCUAAAAUAUAUCUAUAGUGGUGAUAUAGCAUUGGAGGAAUACGACGCCACUGACAUUUUAGCUCUAUUGGUGGCCGCGGAUGAAUUAAUACUUGAAGAAUUGGUGGCGCACGUUCAACAUCAUCUUAUUCAUAACAAACCAUCGUGGCUGCACGAAAAUUUUGUGCAAGUCAUGCACACCGUAUUUCGUCUUCAAGCUUGUAAAACUUUUCAAGACCAUUGUAUUGAUGCGAUUUGUAGUGAUCCACAAUCAUUUUUCACAUCCGAUGAGUUCACAACGAUCGAAGAAGACAUCCUUCUCGCAUUACUGAAGAGAAAUGAUUUGGAGAUGGAUGAAGUGGAUAUUUGGAAUCAUGUGCUUAGAUGGGGUAUUGCACAGACUCCAACUAUUGAGAACUCGGCUGGUCAUUGGACACCGGAAGAAUUCGAAGCAUUGGAGAAAAAAUUGCAUGAAUGCAUUCCGCUGCUACGAUUCUUUGAAAUGUCGCCGUCGGAAUUUUACGAUCACGUUCGUCCAUUUAAACCAUUACUGCCAAUCGAGUUAUAUGAAGAUCUUGUUCGAUCUCAUUACAAACCACAGCUUCCUCGUCAAUGUGUCGUAUUACCGCCAAGAUCUCCACGAAUCGAUUCCACGAUAAUUAGCUCAAAACAUGUCACCAUGAUUUCUCAUUGGAUCGAAGGUGGUUCUGGCAAACCGCCUACCUAUCAUAAACCUCGUUUCCAAUUUAAGCUUCUUUAUCGUGGAACUCGUGACGGAUUCACACCGCGCGCUUUCCGAAAUAAAUGUUCUAAUCAAGGACAGAACGUGGUGCUAUUGAAAAUACAAGGAACUGGCAAAAUUAUUGGCGGAUACAACCCAAUCGGAUGGUGCAAUAGAGCUGACUACGCUGAGACAAAGAAAAGUUUUAUAUUUUCUAUUGAUGAUAAUAAUAACGAAAACGGGACGUCUACGAUGGAAAAGUUGAAUUCAGACGAGAGAUCCAUUCGUGGAUUUCCAGUUUCUGAAGAACCGAAAUUGAGCCGGGUUUCUAUCAGCAUGUCAACUUCGGCUAUUUUCGACUUGGAAAGCUAUGGACCGAACUUUGGUAAAGGUGAUUUGGUGAUCUAUGAGAAUUGUAAAACUGGAUCUUGUCGAAAAUAUACUUACGAACAUGAAAUAAUGGAUCCUGGUGAUUUCGUCUCUGAAGAAUUCGAAGUUUUCAAAAUAGUCGAAAAAUGA